CGCUUGCCAGUCCCCUUAGGGUCACACUAAAACACGAAAAUUGCUUGUAAAUUUGUAGGGGGAAAAAUCCCUUGAAAAGUUGCGAUAUAAACAAAACUUAGACAAUAUGUUUAUGUCCAUCGCACCGCCACUCAUGGACUUCGAAGACGAGCUGUUGUGGAUAAAUCAGUCGAACAGCGAAAAAGUCGAGAUCUUAUAUGACAAGUCUAACUAUGUUACUCCCAAUACCAAACACCUUAUCGAACAGGCAUUUCUUCAGCCGCUAAGUCUGCAGGAUCAACAUAUUUUGUUUGACGACUUGCUAAAACAAAACACCGACAUUGCUCGCCAGUAUGGAUUGACUCCGGCUAAAUUACCUUUGCUGGUUGAGAACAAUCCCCUUAUCUCCAUUGAGAUUUUAUUAAGACUGAUGAUGACCACCGACAUAACAGAGUAUUUCAACAUAUUAGUUAAUAUGAAUAUAACGCUUCACUCCAUGGAAGUGGUCAACAGGCUCACCACGUCGGGUCCUCUGCCCACGGAGUUUAUCCAUUUAUACAUAAGCAAUUGCAUCUCUACAUGUGAAACAGUAAAGGAUAAGUACAUGCAGUCCCGACUCGUGCGGCUGGUUUGCGUAUUUCUCCAGUCCUUGAUUCGAAACAAAAUUGUUAACGUUAAGGAACUUUUCAUUGAAAUCGAAGCCUUUUGCGUGGGUUUCAGCAAGAUCAAGGAAGCAGCCGCCUUGUACCGGCUCAUCAAACACCUGGAAACCGGAGAAAGUGCUCUGUCCUCGAAUUCGAUAACAAAGUAGCAAUCUGCCGACGUGUUACGUUUAAAGCUUAGAUCGUAAAUAGCCAAUUAAAACUCCCUUUGUACAUGUAAAACAAAUUCGCAUUUAAUAAC